CUCAUAGUUGACCCGACAGGAAAAGCAGAGCUUUUUCACUCCUCAAAUAAGAACAUGGGGAAGAAAGUUCACUCUUUUAUAUCAUAAUAUCAUCAGUCUCUGCGGGGAUACUUGGAGCACAUCGUGACUGCAAGCUCUCGGUCAUUCUCAAAUGGCUUCUCCGAGAACUGGAAGGAAUGAGCAGCUCCAUCGGACCCGUUACAAGCCAGAACAUCCCCAUUUCUUAAGGGUCAUACUUCCUGAGCUGCUACAACUUGGGAAGCUGCCAAUUCCAAAGGCUUUUGUAAAGAGCUAUGGGGACAACUUGUUAAACUGGGUACUCCUUGCGGUCCCGAGUGGUCAAACUUGGACCAUUCAACUGGAAAAGCACAAUGGGACUGUUUGGAUGGGGCAGGGUUGGAUGAACUUUGUGGAGUAUUUCUCUGUCAUACCCAAAUACUCCAUAAGCUUUCGGUGGGAAGGAAGCUUCUUGUUCCGUACUGUUAUAUUUGAUCAGACCGGGUGUGAGAUCAAGUAUCCCCUGUGGUGUAGCCACUGCAAAAGACUGAAGGUUAACGAUGUUUUUCCAUCACAAAAAAGGGAGGGAACUCAUGAGAAUGCCAAAAUGGCUGCUGAAGCGGAUGAUGACUACCGUACUCACCUAUCAGCUUUGGGUGUUAACAUAAGAUCUGAAAGGGAGGAAGCUCGUGAAGUUGAUAGUGAUGUCAAGAUGCCCGCUGAAGAACAUGAUGAUGACUUCCGCGCUCACUUAUCAGCUUUAGGCAUAAAUAUAAGAUCUGGUAGGGCAACUGCUGCAGGAGGGGUCACAUAUCAUACACAUGAUGAAGCUAAGUUAGCAUCCUCCCAGUUCCACUCAAACUACCCCUUCUUUCGGCUUAUACUGAGGCCAAGUUACAUGCGGAAUGGACAAGCAUGGUUGCCUCUGAGCCUCAUCAGCAGAUACGCAGGGUACAGGAUCCAUGUCAUGCAACUUAAGCAUUCGGGCAGAUCGUGGCGUGUGAAUAUGCACACAUACUCGGAUAGAAAACGGGCAGUCUUUUGUCGAGGCUGGGUCAAAUUCUUGGAAGACAAUUCUCUACAUGAAGGGGACAUCUGCGUGUUUGAGCGUACAGCACCGAACAAGUUCAAUGUCAUUACUUUCAUAUGUGCUCAUUAGAUUUGUUCUGAUUGAUGCAUGUAUCCUUGAAGGGGCAAAACGGUUUUUAUGCCUCAGUAAUGAUAACUGAGGUAAGUCUAUAUUUCCUUCCGUUCCAUUAGGUUUAAUGUGUCAGCAACGGUGAUGUUGUCUAACUUGUCUUUGGUUAAUGUCUAGUCUGUCUCUACAUGUUUUUCCUUGAGGAUUGCUUGGCUGGAUCAUUUUGUGAUUGUGAGAUCAUGAUCUACUAUCUACUGCAUCUUCCUACGACU